AAAGAAAGAAAAGUACUCCUAAUUUGGGCAUACACUAUUCCUGAGAAAGUGCAGAUUUUCCAUGUGAAGAUCCUCCACUCACUCCAAUGCAGUCCACUCUGGUGUUUAUAUUAAACACAGAGAUCACCAUACUUGACUCAAUCAAAUCACAAUUAUGUUUAAAUUAGCAUCCUGAUCAUCAUUUCAAUUCACCUCACACAAACACAUACCUUUUGUGUUGUAUAUGCAUGGAGCUUCGGUUAACACUCAAUUUCAGAUUAUAAAAUGGAUGCCAUUUCAUUUUCCGAUGCAACAAUCUGUAGGCAUUCCUGUCUUGGCUACCCAUUUGAUUAUUUACCUGUGAGAUGUGACCGCAACUUGUAUUUUGGUUUUAAGUAUCAUCCUCUGACCCAUAGAAAUUAUUACCACGGGACGAGCUUAUCAAAGACUUCAUGUGCGAUACCUGUUCACAAGGAUUUUCGGUACACAGGAGACCUGCUCAGCAAAUCAAGUACCACUGUCUUUUCUAGCAGGGGAGAUUCUUCGUUAACUCGUGCUCUUGAUGAAGGAGAUGGUAUUCCUUCAGAUACUGAUGAAAUAUUAGAAUUUACUGAAUUUGAUUUAUCAACAGUUGGAGGAGACCAUUAUGAAAAACGACCUAGGAAAAAAACCGUCGAGAGUGAGAGAGAUGAGCUUUUGGAAGAGUUGGCUCUAUCCAAGGCUAAACAACAGGAAUAUAUGGCCACCAUAAUGCACGACAAAGAACGGGCAAUUGCAGAACUCGAGGCUGCCAAAACUUUGUUUAACCAGAAUCUGCAGGAGUCAAUUGAAGAGAAAUUUAACUUGGAAACCAAAUUGGUUCUUGCAAAACAAGAUGCUGUUGAACUGGCAGUGCAAGUAGAAAGGUUGGCAGAGAUUUCUUUUCAGCAGGCCACUGCUCACAUAUUAGAAGAUGCACAGUUAAGGGUUUCUGCAGCUGAAACUUCAGCUGCUGAAGCAGCUUACCAGAUUGAAGAACGGGUACGGAAUUCCAUUGAAGGUACCAUUAUAUCUAUCGUAGAUAAGUCUAAAAAGGCCAUAGAGAAGGCUCUGGCUCUUGCAGAAACAGCUAGCGAACAUACAACAAAAGCGAUGUCUAUGUUUACAGAUAGUGUAACUCCUGUUGGUGAGAUGGCUUCCAUCCAGACACAGAAUAUCAAGUUACAAGCUACUAUUGAUGAUCUGAACUCUAAAUUAUUACUUUCAAGAAGUGAGAUUGAUCUAUUAAAGCUGGAACUGGAACAAGCUCAAGAACGGGCAAAUGCAAUUGAAACUCGUGCAAGUGAUACAAUGAAAGCACUGGCAGAAUAUCAGGAGUCAAGCGGGGUGAAAUCUCUUCAGCUAGAGGAGGAAAUUAAAUUGUUAUUAGAAAAAAUGAAGAAGGAUGCAGGUGAUAGAAAAAAAUCUGUUUCUAAGGUUAUUAAGGUUGAACUGGAGGCAAUGAGGGCAGCAGUUGACUCUGCUAAAGAAGCAGCACAAUGCAAGGAGGAGGCAUACCUGAGAAGGUGUGAAGCUCUACAGAGAUCUUUAAAAGCAUCUGAAGUUGCUUCAAAGAUGUGGAGACAAAGAGCAGAGUUGGGAGAGUCGUUGUUGUUAAGAGAAAAGCCAAUAGGCGAAGGGGAAGAAGAUGCAAUAUUUGUUCUUAAUGGUGGACGGGUUGACCUGUUAAUGGAUGAUGAUUCACAAAAGUGGAAACUACUCAGUGAUGGUCCUCGCAGAGAGAUACCCGACUGGAUGGCACGAAGGAUAUGUUCCAUCUUCCCCAAGUUUCCUCCAAGGAAGAAGGACAUUUCUGAAUCCAUAACAUCUAAAUUUAAAUCUUUGACAUUGCCCCGUCCUGAUGAAGUUUGGUCUAUUGCUCAUGAAAAGCCAAAGGAAGGGGACACACUUAUUGAACAUGUAAUUGAGAAAGAAAUUAUUGAAAAGAAGCGGAAGGCUUUAGAACGUGCGCUUCAGCGAAAGACCAUUCAGUGGCAGAAGACCCCUGAACAAAUAAAAUUAGAGCCAGGAACUGGUACCGGAAGAGAGAUUGUGUUCCAAGGUUUCAAUUGGGAAAGCUCGAGAAAAAAGUGGUACCUUGAGCUGGCUCCAAAAGCUUCUGAUUUAUCCAAGUCUGGCAUUACAGCUGUGUGGUUCCCACCGCCAACUGAAUCUGUUGCUCCACAAGGGUAUAUGCCUUCGGACCUGUACAACUUAAACUCGGCAUAUGGUUCUAGAGAGGAGCUUAAGUAUUGUAUAGAGGAAAUGCAUAAUCAAGAUCUUUUGGCCUUGGGAGAUGUUGUACUAAAUCAUCGGUGUGCCCAUAAGCAGAGUCCAAAUGGUGUGUGGAACAUUUUUGGUGGCAAGCUUGCAUGGGGACCAGAGGCUAUUGUCUGCGAUGAUCCAAAUUUUCAAGGGCGUGGAAAUCCUUCAAGUGGCGAUAUCUUUCAUGCAGCACCGAACAUUGAUCACUCCCAGGAUUUUGUACGAAAAGAUGUGAAAGAGUGGUUAAAUUGGCUCCGCAAUGAUACUGGUUUUGAUGGAUGGCGCCUGGACUUUGUGAGAGGGUUUUCAGGCAGUUAUGUGAAAGAGUAUAUAGAAGCUUCCAAUCCUUCAUUUGCAAUUGGGGAAUAUUGGGAUAGUCUGGCUUAUGAGGGCGGUAAUUUAUGCUACAAUCAAGAUGCUCAUCGUCAAAGGAUCGUCAAUUGGAUUAAUGCCACUGGUGGCACCUCUUCAGCAUUUGAUGUCACAACGAAGGGUAUACUCCACUCGGCUCUACAUAAUGAAUACUGGAGACUAAUAGAUCCUCAGGGAAAACCAACCGGAGUAUUGGGAUGGUGGCCUUCACGUGCCGUCACAUUUUUGGAAAACCAUGAUACUGGAUCAACUCAGGGUCAUUGGCCGUUUCCAAGAGAUAAGCUUACGCAAGGAUAUGCAUAUAUUCUAACUCAUCCUGGAACGCCUGUUGUGUUUUACGAUCAUUUCUAUGAUUUUGGCAUCCAUGAUACCAUUACGGAGUUGAUUGAGGCCCGAAAACGUGCUUCUAUCCAUUGUAGAAGUCCUGUGAAGAUAUUUCAUGCUGUGAGUGAGGGUUAUGCUGCACAAAUUGGAGAUUCGCUCGUAAUGAAGCUUGGUCAAUUUGACUGGAAUCCGUCAAAGGAAGUGAAUCUGGAUGGUAGCUGGCAAAUGUUUGUCAAUAAAGGAUCAGAUUAUCAGAUAUGGCUGCGAAAAUAAUGUAUACACCUUAGAAUUUAAUAUAGAAUCAUGAGAACUGUCUCAUUCAUGUGACUAUGAAAGCAAUCUGUAAUCUGGGUUUUUAUUCCCAGUUAUAAGUUACAACUGCCUCUUUCUUUCUCUACCUAAAUAUAUAGUCGGUGUACUUUUGGAGUUGUAACGAAUUACAAGUGUUCAUGAAGGACCUGAACAAGUUGCUCUCCUGAAUACUCUGUCCACAACCCAAUUUGUAAGCUAAACCCCUUGAAAAGUUAACGAAUCUAGAGGCCAAGGUUUAAUUUUUUUUUUUUAAA